AUGAUGAAUCCGAAGAUACAGACUGUCUGCUUGUUUGAAGAGACUGUCACUGCAGCUUCAGCCGCCAUGAAAGUCUUCCAAAGAAACCACCUUGCGGUGGAACGACCAAUUGUUCUCGACGCCCGUCCUUCAGCUUCCCGAAACUCAUCGAUCGUCAGCCAAAAGUAUCUUGCAUGGCUCGGCAACGCAAAUAAGGUGGACAUCGCUUCUUCAGGCACGACGGGGGAGAGAAAGAUCGGGAAAUUCAGCAUGGAUGGGUUUGUCGAGCCAUGCCCGAAGUUCCCACGAGGACUCGUCAUCGAACUUUUUGGCUGCUAUUGGCACGCACAUGAGUGUCGGUACACCAACCAGUCAAUAAUUGGAGGAUUGACGACAGAAGCGAUCCGGAAGCUAGAUGAAGAACGAUUGCAGUUUCUGAGAGAACGACACGAGGUGAAAGUCGUUUGGGAGUGCAAAGUGGAGAAGCCGCGAUCUAAAAAUCCAGUCAUGGCCAAACUUUUUGAGGAAUACGAACCAAUUGGUCUCAUGGAAAUGGAGAAAGCCCUCUCAGGUGGUCGAACGGAGGCAUUCAGACUUAUGGCCGAUGAUAGUCGAUGGAUUAUGAAACAUGUUGACGUAGUCAGCAUGUACCCAGCCGUCAGAAAUGUGGAUUUUAACUUUAGUGAAGUUUUUUUAUAA